AUGAGUUCACUAAACUACUCUCCCCCUGCUAAAGAAGAGGAGGUCUGCUGGACUGAGAAACAGGGUCUGUGGCUUAAUGUUGUCGUGAAAGAAGAGGAGGAAGAGGAGGAUGUCACCGUGAAAGGCGAUGAAGAAGCUUUCAGAGUGAAAGAGGAGGAUGAGGAAGAGAUUACUGUCACAUCGAAAGAGGAGGAUGAGGAAGAGAUUACUGUCACAUUGAAAGAGGAGGACGAGGAUGAAGAGGAUGAGACUGGAGAGCUGAUUAACACCAGUGAGUACUAUCUUAAAAACAGGUGCACAAACUGCCAGUUGUUGAACUGAUGUGUGGUUUCAAAGUGAAUUCGAACAACAACAAAAUGGCCGCCAUGACACUCGUUUUGGUAAACAGCUAAAGGUUGUGUGCUGGAGACACCGGUAUGUAACCACUGUCAAAUUCCAUAAAAUAUCUAUGAAUACAAGGACUGACCAUCCACAAGAUAAAAAUAAUAGUUUUACCUCCUAGGGCUUAGUGGUCACAUACGUGGACAGCACUUUUUAGCUCUUAUGUCCACAAUUUUGUUCACUGCUGAAUUGGUGGUGUUACGGACACGUAUGGGGGUACUUACACUGCCAUCUGGUGGUGUCAGAAGUUUAUAACACACUACGGUCAAAAUUCAAAAUGGCGGCGGACACAAGGGAAGAUUCAAGUGGUAGCUCCAUACACAAACGUCGACCAGGUAAGAAGUUCUGUCAUAUUUCAUGGCUUAUUCUGAUUUAGAUAUUUAUAAAAGCCUUGUAUAUUUGUCAUGACAUGCAAAUUUGAAAAAAAAAGUGUAAAACUAGCAACUUUGUAGGUCGCUAAACAUGAAGUACACGUAAGUGUACUUAUGGACUGAGGCUCCUCGAAACAGCUAAUAUGCUUGUAAACAUGCACACACGUAAAAUGGGAAAAAAGCUAGCUCUGAUGCAGCUAAAAAGCUGUACAUGGUCCCAAUGAAAUAAAUAACAAUUAAAUCACUAAAUACAUACAUACAUACUUCAAUUAGUUGUGUUGAAAAUGUUAGUAAAAAUGUAAUAUGCUAGUAAAAAUGUGCACAUGUAAAUUAGCUUGCAUAUUAUCCCAUUGGAAUAAAUAACAAAUUAAUAAUGCAAACCUACAUACAUAAAUGAAAUUAAUUUGUAUUUGAUUUUAUCAUGUUUUUAUUUCCAGAGCGUUUUUCUCUGCAAAGAGCAUUGGAGCUACUUGGGUUAAUUGAUGGAAACAACUCAGAUUUGGACGUGUCUGACAACGAUGAUCCUAUCCUGGAUGGCAAUUACCAACCAUCACCACAGGAGGAAAGCAGCAGUGAGCACAGUAGUGAUGAUGAGGACCCCGUUCCUGAGCCCACUGACCACAGUGCAGAUAAUGGUUAGCCAAGACCCAGUAGAUAUUUGUUUAUUUUAUGCAGUUAGGGCCUUAGGGCUAUGUGAAGGAUUGGAAGCAAAAUGCUUAUUUACAAAACUUGUUGACAGGUUCAUGGACAGGGACAGAGACAGGUACAGGCACAGGUACAGGUUCAUCCCGCACUCUCAGACGUCGCCGUCAAAGUCAAGAGAUUGAGGCUGAUAGCUCAGAAGAUGACUUGGAAGAGCCAACACCAAGACCAAGCCAAACAAAAAAAAAGAAAAAGGGAGACUCUGAACAAGGUAAUUGUUAUUAGUUUUGGCCUUCACAACUUGAGGGUAAAUCUUCAAAUUUCAUAUAAACUUCCACACAGAUUCAAGUAUUUUAUGCACCAAUAUACCUCAAUUGCUUACAUGGGUAAAAAUGUAACUUCCUACAAUAAAUACUAUUUUUAUUCUGAUUCUGGUUGUGCAGGACGUGGACUACGCUGGAAGGCUACUCCAUUGACGCCAAACCUGGCAGAGUAUCAGCAUCAGGACGAAACUGAUCUAGACAGACAUGGCUGGACCCCACUAGACUAUUUUGAACAGUACAUAGAUAGAGAUUUGAUGAUGACGAUUGCAGAAUGCUCUAGUAUUAUGUCACUGUAUAAGAGUGGGGAGCCACUUAACAUGACAGUAGAUGAGGUUUACCACUUUUUUGGUGCCUGUAUUUUGAUGUCCUGCAUCCGAUACCCAACCAUUAGGAUGUACUGGUCCAAAGCCUUGAAAAUCACUGCCAUCACUGACAAAUUCACACGUGCCAGAUUCUUCAAACUGAGGGGAGCAAUAAAAGUGGUUAUUGAUCAUGAUGUGCCAGAAGACCUGAGAAUGUUGGACAAAUUCUGGAAGGUGAGGCCUUUUCUGGAUCGGAUUCUGCAAGGCUGCUUGUCUCUGAAUCGACCUGAUUGCGCAUCUAUUGAUGAGCAGAUGAUUCCUUUCACAGGAGCCUGUCCGUGCAGACAAUAUCUGCCAAUGAAGCCAAACCCAGUUGGCAUAAAGAACUUUGUUUGUGCUACAGCAGAUGGCAUUGUGCUUGACUUUGAGCUGUAUCAAGGCACAGGUUCACUGAUUGAGAAGGUCGAAGAACCAGAGGGCCUGAGUUUGGGAAGCUUAGUCAUCGAGCGUCUGUGCCAAACUCUGCAUCGUGGCACAAAGGUGUAUUGUGACCGGUUCUUCACCACCAUCAAAGGUGCGCAACGAAUGAUGGAGAAAGAGCUGUACAUGACUGGUACAAUAAUGAAGAACCGACUCGCUGAAGCGAAGCAUAAGUUACCCAGUGACAAAGCCAUGAAAAACGCAGGAAGAGGUACCUCAUCAGAAGUUUCCGCUGAAGAUGGAAAGUUGUGUGUAGUGAAGUGGUACGACAACAAACCAGUAUUGCUGAUGUCUGUUGUUCAUGGUACACAGCCUGAAGACACCUGCCAGUGCUGGGACAAGAAAGUGAAACAAUAUGUCACUGUCUCGCGACCAAGCAUUGUCCGUGAGUACAACAUCAAGAUGGGUGGAGUUGAUUUGAUGGAUAGAAUGAUAAGUUACUAUCGCAUGAGCACCCGUACUAAGAAGUGGACAAUGCGGAUGGUAAUGCACUUCACGGAUCUGGCUUUAGCCAACAGCUGGCUACUCUACCGAAAAGACCAUGCAAUAUGUGCUGGACCAAAGACAAGACCCAUCCAGUUCCUUCAGUUCCGCAUGGAAGUGGCUAAGAUCCUCUUGGCCCAGCAUCACGGUGCAGAUGCAGACCUUUCGACACAGUCAGAGGAAGAAGAAGAUUCAAACCAGGGAGUGAAACGUCACGUGACAGAGUUGCCCCAUGUCUCGGUCCGUAGGAGGGCUAAUGCCCACCUCCCAGAGAUGAUCGGCCUGAAGAAUGCAAUGCGCUGCAGACAACUAGGCUGCACUGGAAGAACCCGAGUGCGUUGUAUGACCUGCAAAGUGUUCUUGUGCUUGCAAACCGAGCGCAACUGUUACUCAGCCUUUCACACAUAAGUGAUGGCAGUGAUUCUCAAGGUGUGUACAUGUUCCUUGGUUCCUCCAUGUUCUCCGACUCCGUGAAGGUCAAUCAAUCAGGUGACCUCUGGGCCUCUGAAAGCAGGCCUGGUCCUUCAGUGCUCAGUUAUCGCAGCCUUUAACAUGUUCCCUUUUUUACAUUACCAAUGCAAAAUGUCACAUGAGCUACUCACCUACUAUUUUUUCUUUUUUUCACUAUGAUGUUCAAAACACAUUAGUAGCCUAAUGCAAGAGUGACUAUUUAAAAUGCUUUGAAUGUUUUAUAUUUUGUUACAGACAUACAAUGUCAUCCUGCAACUAUUUUGCAGCAUAUCAAAUGUUCCAAACACUAUUUUUAACUGUCCAAAAUGGGCAAAAAUGCAAUGUUUCCAUAUUAUUUUUACUCUCCGAUAGUCAAAACAUGUUCAAAAAAUAUGUGUAUGUGUUAUUAAUACAUUAAAAAACAGUCAGGAAAAAAACUGCUGUGUUCAAGGCAGAAAUGAAGAGUUUUUCAUUCUAUUACACAAAGGUGACUUUAUUGUGUUUUAUGGAAAUUCGGACCAUGAAUCCACAUAUGUGGACAUCAUUUUUCUCUAAAAGUACAUCAUAUCAAAAGAUGAUACUUAGUUUUUAUUCUAAUUAGGUUCCAAUAAGCCCAAAUAGCAAAGAGAAAUAAAAAAUGCAUGUAAAAAAACAGCUUGGGCCUUAAGAGGUUAAGCAGGUUUUCAAACUACAGUGUUUGUUUACAAAAAAUCAUUAAACAAGAUAUCAGCCAAAUCGACGUGUAAAUUACAACACAUAUUUCAGUUUUCAAUAACAUGGCUGAAUGGAAUUUCUACUAAGGAGACUCAGUGCAUCCAAUGGCAAUGUCCACAAUAGGUAUAGAGCCCCACAGUGGAGGUGUCAUAUUACCCAUAAAACCUAGUGGUCAAACACGGAAAUGGUUCCAAUCGUUUUUCCACCAUACAUUUUUCCCAUGGGGAAUUUUAGAAACACUUAAAAUAAGGGCUGUGUGUUGUGUAGGCUUACCCUGGCGUGACGUUUUGAUAACCGUGUAAAUGUAUCUUGGACAAGGUGACUUUUAUCAAUAUAUUCAGCUCUAUUUACUCUCAGAUUCGAAAAUACUAAUUGACAUCAUGCAAGACUACAAAUCCCUGCAAGCUUCUGCACGUCCAUUUACGAAGAAAGUUUGCAGUCAGAGUGCAGUAUAACUGCAGUAUGCUGCAAAUACUGUCCAAAAUAUGUUUUUUUUAAUGCAGUAAUUUUUGCAGUGUAUCUGCAGGUACAGUACAGUAUAACUGCACUUUUACUGCAGUUUCAAAAUUGUAAUAUUUUUUUUGUGAGGGUCGUCUCUUGCUGGCACCUAUGCUAACAGGUAUUGUGUCAAUUUAAAACUUGCAUGUGACAGUUCACAGAAUAGUCAAUGUAGACAUUUAGGCAGUUUAUUCAUUACUAGAUUUAGCUAACAUUACCUAGUUAAUCCAGAGAUUUUUACUUUUGUCUCAAUUCGGCAGUCUCCUUCAGAUCAUCGUGUAAUUUGUAGUUCUUAAUGAUAGCCACAUUAGCAGCUAAUUAGCAUUUCAUUUUGGGGCUGUAAAUACUAGCGAAUAUAUUGAUAAAAGCCACCUUGUUCUACAGCAGUUACACCUCCCACAUCGACUAGACUAGGGGUGCGUUCAGUUCGCUUUAACGUUUGUUACAUUUACAUUUACAUUUUAGUCAUUUAGCAGACGCUCUUAUCCAGAGUGACUUACAGUUAGUGAAUGCAUACAUGUUUUUCUUUCUUUUUUUUCCUUAUUUUUUUAUACUGGUCCCCCCAUGGGAAACAAACCCACAUCCCUGCCGGCCAAACCAUCCCCUACCUUGGACGACGCUGGACCAAUUGUGCGCCGCCCAUGGUUUACGUUGGGGAACGGUUUGUUCUGAACGACACGUUUCCCCAAAACGUUCUUGUAUGUUCUUGAGCAGACUUUGAUGUAUGUUUGGUGGGUGUGCCGGGGUGUGGCUUGAAGAAAUUAGCGGAUUUGAUUAUGCUGGUCCACGGGGCACCGGACAAAGGCCAGUCAUUUUUUACUUUAGUUUAUUUUGUAAAUAUCUUAACUCUUUCUUGAACUGCGUUGUUGGGUAAGGGCUUGUAAGUAAGUAUUUCACGUAAGGUCUACACCUGUUGUAUUCGGCGCGUGACAAAUCAAAUGUGAUUUGAUAUGGGCUUUUUAGGGGAGCUCUGAUGCCUCCCUAUGCGAAGUAGUGCCCACUUUGUCAAAGGCAGGGGACGCAAAAUAUUUAUCUUGUCCAUUUCCAGUGUGCUGUUGGAGAGACGCAUCGCUGCUGCGCUCCACCAACGUUCCGUCAUGUAGCAGAUACAGGAUAUGGUAAAAAGAGUAUGUGGCCUUUUCUGUAGCCUCCAGGCUGAAGAUGACAAUGUCAUGAGAUGGAAACCUUUUUACGUCAUUCAGGUUUCUCUGAUCAAAUAGGCGCCCCAAUCAAAUACAUGUGCUGACAUGUUAACAAACAACAUAUCCUAAAAACAGUACAGGUCAAAGUAAAAUGGACAAUAUGGAAUGGACAAUCACAACUGUUGUCCAGGAGUUUCACCCCAUUGUCAUGAUCAGUGGUUUCAAGUUGGUAUCCAUACAUUUUUGACAAGCUGAUCAUAGCAACAACAAAAAAUACUCCUGCAUUUCCCGCUGUGUAAACACAUUGCAAAUAGGCUCAGGAUAACUCCUUCUGAUAAAGUUGGGUAGCUGAUAUUCAGAGCUUAAAUAGCCAAAUUGAUUAGUCACAGGAAUCAGGACUAGUAAAGCCAAUGGUGUGGCCUGUUUUACAAACGUUUGGCCUACCACAUAGAUGGGCAUUCCUAAAAUGACACCGCUCCGGCCCCCGAGGACUGGAGUUGCCCAUCCCUGCUGUAGGCCUCAGUAAGCACGGACUGACGCUGACACCUUUUUGACAUCUUUUUUUGGUGCAGUCCGGACCAGCCUUGAUUUCCACAGACGUUGUUUUUUGGUCCGGUCCGGACCAAGUCUGAACCAAUCAUAGACGUCCAUGUUUGGUUCAGAUUUUGUCUGGUCUGGACUAGCCUUGAUUUGGCCCAAACAUAGACAGCUAUUAAUAACAUAUUUUCAACUUUUAUUCAGAACCCAAAAGGAGCCUUAUUUUAACAUCCGAAAAAUAAGUAUUUUCAGAAUUCGAAAAAUAUAUAUUUCAGAACCAAAAAUGAACCUGAUUUCAGACACUCUUAUCCAGAGUGACUUACGUGAGCAAUUAGGGUUAAGUGCCUUGCUCAAGGGCACAACGAAAGAUUUUUCACCUAGUCGGCUCGGGGAUUAGACCUUUCGGUUACUGGCACAACGCUCUUAACCACUAAGCUACCAGUGACCUUUCGGUUACUGACCCCGGUACUAGAUGGGUGUACCUGAUAAACUGGCCAGUGAGUUUAUAUGGCUCUGGCCCUAGCUAGGUGCAUGAGUUGUAAUGAAAGAAAACUAGCACAACCUUUACAUUAUUUAAAUUAAAACGUUUAGAAUAUCAGCUCAUGCCCUGAAUUGACAUGUAAUGACUGAGUCUGAUUUACACCAGACAACAUCACCAAUCCCUCUUUCUGUUUAUACCUGCCUGGGAGGGAAUGGAAGAGGGGUGGUGGAACAAACAUGAGGAUAGGACAGUGAACCAUACUGUCUCCAAUUUUAUCUUUGUUCAAUUUCUCACAUCUUCUAUGUUCGUAUCCUUGUCACACCCUUUUCAAAGACGGGACCCAAUGUUCCCUUCCUGUUUCAGGAGGAUGCAAGGUAAGACUAAUUAGGACUCAUUUCUAUUGUUUUGUUUUGUUGUUCUGUUACACAUCUUUCAGGAGAUCCGAGAAGCCAUGUGGUAUUCCAAACAGGCCAAGGACUGGGUAGAGGAGAGUGUCUGAAGAGAAGACAUUUAAGCAAUAAUGCCUGAGAACCAGGGAAUUAUCAUUCUGAGGCCCGAGACGAAGCCAAGGGCCGGGAUACAGCCCUUGGAGGGAGUUGUGACACGAUAAUUCCCUGGUUCAAGGUCAUUAUUGCUUUUGAAAAUCGGUAGCAUAAAAAAUAUUAUUUUAACGGGUACAUUUGUUUUUGCAUUCUGAAGUUGCAACCCAAACGGGCUAGUCGUUAGUUAUUUUCUCAUGUUUUGACCCAGUCGUUAAUUAGAAUAAUUAUAUUCAUUUGACGUUGCUAUGCUAAACAAAUCAUUGGCAUGUCGCUAGCUAGCAAGAGAUUCAAUGAUGAUGAUGAGACGAGUCUGAGCUAACCAAGCUAGUUGGUGAUGUUAAUAGUGACGUUUCCAUUGAUGGCACACGAGUGGAAGAACUGUCCAUGGUCCUGGCGCUGGUUGGUGACAGCCAGUGCUUGUCUCUUCUUUGCUGGCACGGGAGAGAUUGCAUUUGUAAAAUGAUAGAUUGUUGCACAGGUCGUAGAGGCAGACGUAUGUUUAUACAACCCCCAACUGUUGCAAACCAAAUAGUAGCAUGGAAAAAUUGUGUAGAUGCUUUUUUCCUGAGGGAGAUGAAGUUUAUGCAUUUCCUGCUUGGGCUGCGGGACAGUGGAUUUAUGAGAUUAACACAUCAUGGUAUUUUGCAGGAGUUGUUGUUCCACAACUCCCAAAUAUCGACCAAUCAGCAUCCAAGAUCCAAACAACACGUUUUAUAAUCCACUUUAGAAUCCCAUUGGUCCAGCAGGCUGUCUAGAACCCGAUUGGUCCAGCAGCCUGUCAAGUGGCGGGAAGAUAAACAGAUCAUAUACAAAGACCCAGACUUCAAAGUUGACCCACCAGACCUACCUCCCAACAUCACCCUGGUGGACACCAGACCUACCUCCCAACAUCACCCCAGUGGACACCAGACCUACCUCCAGACCUACCUCCCAACAUCACCCUGGUGGACAUCAGACCUACCUCCCAACAUCACCCUGGUGGACACCAGACCUACCUCCCAACAUCACCCCAGUGGACACCAGACCUACCUCCAGACCUACCUCCCAACAUCACCCCGGUGGACACCAGACCUACCUCCCAACAUCACCCUGGUGGACACCAGACCUACCUCCCAACAUCACCCCAGUGGACACCAGACCUACCUCCCAACAUCACCCUGGUGGACACCAGACCUACUGCGUCUAAUGUUGUGGAACACCAUCAAUAACAUGUCAUGCAAAUCAUUGGUGUCUGCGUGCCGUGUGACUGUGGAACGCCAUCAAUAA